AGAAACUGAAGAAUUGCUUCGAGAGAGUAUUAAUGAAUGUCUAUCUCUGAAACAAAAACUGAGGCAAGAAGAACUUCAGAGAGAAACAGAUAAAGCUAAUUGGUUUGCUGAUUUGUCAAGAAAGUUAAAGUUUCAGAUUUUGAUGAUUUGCUGUUAAAGAAAUGCUCACUACUGUUGAUGCAAACAAAGAUAAAGUCAAAUCUGUUGGUACAUAUGAAUGCAAAUAUUGUACACAAGGGCUGGGGCAUAAAUUAAGCGAAGAAAAGCUGAAAGACUUGCGAGGAAAUAAUCGGAAAUUGACUACAGAACUUAAACUUAUGGAGCAAGAACUGAAAGAAAUAAGAAAUAUUUCAAAACUCAGUAGGCAGCAGGCUGAAAGUGCUACUUCUACUUUAGGAAAGGAGAGAGAAAAUUUAAAAGAAACAUUACAAUCAUUAGAGUCUAGAAAUGCCUCGCUUACUGAACAACUGAAACUGGAAAAAAAGAGUUUGAAAAAUUUGGAAAGAUUUCGUCGCUUAGAAAUAUCUGGCUUCCAGACAGAUAUUAAAAAUUUAAAGUCUCGCAUUGAGGACAUGGAAAAGCAAUUAAUGAAA